AAUAUAAAUACCCAUAUAUAUUAAACGAAUAUAAUCAACAUUAAGAGUACAAAAAUAUUUGACAAAAGUUCUUGCUUCAAGUAGAACAACAAUAAACAAUUGUCCUUAUGAACUACGUUGUUUUGACGCCGGUAAUAACCGGUGAGAAAAGCCCGGUAUAACUUGCAGAGGAGAUUAGUUACGGGUUAUUCGUACAUUGAAGACGGUGAUAGUAUUAUUUGAAUCGCACAGUUGUGAUAUUCUGUAAUCCAAUCAUGCCAAUAAUAGGCGGUUCGAAAUUGUUGAAAUUUGCAAGACUAACCGAUAAAGCUUACGCGCCUACAAAAGGAUCAAAAGUUGCUGCAGGCUAUGAUCUAAGAAGUGCCUAUGAGUAUGUUGUACCAGCACAUGGCAAAGAAUUAAUUAAAACUGACAUACAAGUUGAAGUUCCCGAAGGCACAUAUGGAAGAGUUGCACCACGAUCAGGGCUAGCAUGGAAAAAUCACAUCGAUGUAGGUGCUGGUGUCAUUGAUGCAGACUAUCGCGAGGAAAAUGUGUGGAAGCUGUGUCAGGACGUAGCUACGAGACACGGAUCGGAAAUAAGUCAUUGCUAUGUUGCUUUCGUGAGCAACCCCUGGCGUAGCGUACCUCUAUGGCGGCAACGGGCAGGAAAGGACGAGGACAAGCUCGUAGUUUGGGACUUCCACGUAUUCUUUAUCUACGCACCCGACGAAAGGGCGGUCGUGUACGAUUUAGAUAGCGUGUUGCCAUUUCCUACGCAUUUCUGGAAGUACGCGAUGGAAACGUUCAGAUCGGAAGAAGUGGUGUCGCCAGAAUAUCAUAGAAGAUUCAGAGUGUUGCCAGCCAGCGUGUACUUGCGGGAGUUCGCGUCGGAUCGGCAUCACAUGAAACGGGAGGAUGGCACAUGGAUCAAGACGCCGCCGGAUCAUCCUCCGAUAUCAACACCAAGGAGCAAGGAUAACUUGGAUACGUUUAUUAACAUGGAUCCAGGGACCGGGUUUGGGGUGGUGUUGACGUUAGAGCAAUUAUUCGAUCGGUUUCAUAGGCCGAUCGCGAACCCAUCGGUCACCAGUUCACCUCAGCCACAACCGACACCGACAUAAGCACACGGCUAAUCUUUUUUGCAGAGCGUUUCGCGGAGACCCUCGUCUCCGCUGUGUGCUACCACGUUACGAUCGGCCAUGUUUCAAGUUUUGAGCCGGUGGCCGAUAUAAGUGUCCUCGUCUUUGUACGUUUCGAACCAUGCAAAUGAAUCUCUGUCACGGCUUUGCUCUAUCGAUGGUAUUGUAUCGUUAUAAUUAUUGUGUCAAAGACUGAUCGUAUUUACGGACAAAUUCCAACACUCGACGGGAAGUCCCCUCCGAUUGAUGCAUAAACUUAGGUGCGUGUAUCUAUUGAAGCGCGUCCGGGCACAGACGCGACCGAAAGCGCUUAUUAUUAUUGUGCGAUCGAUAUGGUAAGGGCGAAAGCUCGAUCUUUGUGAGAUAUAAUGUAAUUAUUACGAUUAUUGUAAUUCUUGUGAUACUUUACACUUUCUACUUUGAAUACCUACAAGCUAUACUUGUCUACUGUUUGUACUAUAUAUAUAUAUAUA